AUGAGCAUCAGCCCGAGCGGCACCCCUAUGAGAGGAACCGUGGGUAUCACUCGGAUAAAGGGGGUGGCCGUCGAGACAGUGGUGGGCCUUCCAGGGAUAGGCGGGACUCAGCCGAUGAUAGCUAGGGUCGGUAUUCCAGGGAGCAGUCGCGUGAGCGGUUGCGCUCGCGUUGGGGUCGGGAUGAUGACAAUGGUAGGGGCCAAGGGUGCGUGCACCCUCCGUGGUGUUACUUAUGCCAGAAAUCAGGGCAUGUGCCGGAGGAGUGCCCGACAAUACGUGUUUCAGGUGGCCCGGCAGCUGGUGAGGCGGCUAGGUAGGAUAUCAUCCGAAUUGAAGGGGUGCGAUGGUCUCGAUGCUGUUGGCAGCGGAUCGGGCGUGGACUUAUGCUGA